AUGGAUUCUCUCACAACCCAUCCCUCCAACGCGCAGCAGGCCCGGGCCUUCACUUCUCCUGCCUCGCUCUCCUUCCCCGGUGGCGCCGGCGAUCUGACUCCGCCCUCCGAUAAAGAUGGGAACAUGGCCGUGGGUGCUCAGGGUGCGAACGGGAACGUGAACGGUCAGCAGCCCGGAGCGAAUGCCGUUAAUGGCAACGGGGUGACGCCCGCGACUCCGGCUGCUACUCCGGCUGCGAAUGCGCCGGGGAGUGGCAUUGUGCCAACGCUGCAAAACAUUGUCGCUACCGUCAACCUUGACUGUCGUUUGGAUCUGAAAACCAUUGCGCUCCACGCAAGAAAUGCGGAGUACAACCCAAAGCGUUUCGCAGCCGUGAUCAUGCGUAUUCGGGAACCGAAAACUACCGCUCUUAUCUUCGCCUCGGGCAAGAUGGUUGUGACUGGUGCCAAGUCGGAAGAUGACUCCAAGCUGGCCUCCAGAAAAUACGCGCGUAUCAUUCAGAAGCUUGGUUUCAACGCCAAGUUCACGGAUUUCAAAAUCCAGAACAUUGUCGGCUCUUGCGACAUCAAGUUCCCCAUCCGUCUGGAAGGUUUGGCUAGUCGCCAUCACAACUUCAGUUCUUACGAACCUGAGUUGUUCCCUGGUCUGAUCUACCGUAUGAUGAAGCCCAAGAUCGUGCUCCUGAUCUUCGUCAGCGGGAAGAUUGUCUUGACUGGUGCCAAGGUCCGUGAAGAGAUCUACCAGGCGUUUGAACUGAUCUACCCCGUGCUUUCAGAUUUCCGCAAGGUCUAA